AUGGCCUGCCACGGUUACCUCAGGACUGAUUUUAUUGUGGGAGGGAGAUAUCAACUGAUAAGAAAGAUUGGGUGUGGGGCUUUCGGAGACAUCUAUCUGGCAACCAAUCUCUUAACCGGCGAGGAUGUAGCUGUAAAGCUUGAAUCCCAGAGGGCCAAGCACCCUCAGUUGUUGUAUGAAAGCAAGCUGUACAGCAUCCUCCAGGGUGCGGUGGGCUUCCCCCGCAUGUGUUGGUUUGGUCAAGAGAGAAAUUACAAUGUUCUUGUUAUGGAUUUGCUGGGGCCCAGCUUGGAAGACCUGUUUAAUUACUGUUCCCGUAGUUUCAGUUUGAAGACUGUCCUGUUGCUAGCUGAGCAGAUGAUUACUAGAAUAGAAUAUCUGCAUAGUAAGAAUUUCAUACAUAGGGAUAUCAAACCUGAUAAUUUCCUGAUGGGCAUGGGGCAUCACCGAAACAAGCUGUUCCUCAUUGAUUUUGGUUUAGCCAAGAAGUAUCGAGAUGCUAAAACCAAAGAGCACAUCCCAUACCGAGAAGAUAAAAAUCUAACUGGCACUGCUAGGUAUGCCAGCAUCAACGCUCACCUGGGUAUAGAACAGAGCCGCAGAGAUGAUUUGGAAUCGGUUGGCUACGUUCUGAUGUAUUUCAACAGAACAAGCCUUCCCUGGCAGGGACUAAAGGGGGCAACCAGGAUGGAGAGAUAUGAAAAGAUUACUGAAAAGAAAAUGGCCACACCUAUUGAAACCUUAUGCAGAGGUUUUCCACCAGAAUUUGGCAUAUACCUCAACUACUGCCGCUCUCUGGGCUUUGACGAAACUCCAGAUUAUUCGUAUCUGAAGCAACUAUUCAACCUCCUUUUAAAAUCGAUGGGCCAACCACACGAGCAUGGUGAGGAUCCUUUUGACUGGAGCCUGAGGCAGAGGUCGCAGCAUGCACAUGCUGCUCGUAGGCAGAUGCAUCAGGCUCGCCACCCAACACAUUUCUAAGCAGGAAGAGCACAUGACGGAGCAGAUGAGAAGGGAGGGUGCUUUAUUUCAAAAAAAAAAAAAUUACUUAAUAUGGACUUUUACUUUAUUUCAAAAAACAUCAAAUUAUAUGGACUUUUACAAAUUGUUGGGGCAACUGUUGAUUGUUAAGAAUUUUAAUUCAAAAUGCAAAAAACAACCACUACCUUAAUUUCAGAAAAAAAAACCUCAAAAAACCCCUUAAUUUCAGAAAGAAGAACAAAGAACUUAAUUUCAGAAAACUAAAAAGGACUUAAUUUUAGUAUAAACCUGUGUGGUAGGCAAGAUCUCGCAGACACAGACUCCAUCGGAUUUCUGAGUUUGGCACCUAUAAGGCAAAGAAGAUCAGAAGUUAUUACUCUCCAGCUCUAGAAAUA